CGGGGACUCGUCCUUGCAUCGCUAUCUGGACUGCGAGUUCUGGAGCCUCAAGAACGAGCUGCGCUGGCUUCUGGGCGGCUGCCCGCUCUUCCGGCACAGGUGUGAUUUGAGUCUGGAUGAAAUGAGAGCUUUGACAUUUCAGAGAGUGACGUUUACCAUGGAUCUACCUCUGAUAAAACGUACAAUUCAGGAUCAGGCAGAGAAAACAAAGAAUUUUGUCACUUGGAGCCUGGUCAUUGGAGAAAUCCUCUCCAUAUCAGACACGGCCACAGGAGUAAAGUCUGGAAUAAUUUAUUGGCUAUUCGGUGGCGCCGUCACGAAUCUCGGAAGCCCAGCACGUGGAACUCACUGGCUUCAGCCACUCCAGGAGCAGAAAUACACGGGGACGUUUGCAGUGACCGAGAGGGGCCACAGGAGCAACGUGAGAGGAAUCCAGACGGGAGCCACCUUUGACCUCCCUGCACAGGAGUUUGUAAUUGACACACCAUGCGAAAAUGCUGAGAAGAUGUACAUUGGAAACGCCACGUACGGGAAUUAUGCAGCAGUCUUUGCCCAGCUCAUCAUAAACGGAAGAUCUCAAGGCACUCACUGUUUCAUCGUUCCUGUCCAUGAUGAAAAUGGAAGCAUGUACCCAGGAGUGACAGCUAUUGAUAUGAUGUAUAAAGAAGGUCUGCAUGGUGUUGAUACCGGGAUUCUGAGAUGUGACAAGGUUCGGAUACCAAGGGAGAGCCUGCUGGAUAAGUUUGGUUCCGUGGCUCCAGAUGGGCAGUACCACGCCCCCAUUAAGGACAAGAGUGCAAGAUUCAAUGCGAUGUUGGCCGUGCUGACCCCUUCGAGACUGGCUGUGACUUUCCAAGCUACAGGCUCUGUGAGGCUUGGGUUGACGAUAGCCAUUCGCUAUAGACACAGCCAGAGGCAGUUUGGGCCCAAAGCCGAGGAAGAGAUCAAGAUUACUGACCACCAAACACAGACCCUGCGGCUUACGCCUCACCUGGCCACGGCCUUGGCCCUGACCUUCGCCAGCAGGUAUGCCGGCAUCCUUCUGGACGAGGACAUCUUCCGAGGUUAGGAGCUUGUUGGCAGUCGCCCGCUGCAGGUGCUGGUGACGGGGCUGAAGGCCUACAGUAUCUGGGAGAACAUCGGCUGCCUGCAGGACUGCUGAGAGUGCACCGGAGGCCUGGGUUACAUGAUGGAAAACUGAAUCCCAGGCUUAAAAUGUGACACAGAUGUGUUUGUAACUUUUGGAGGUGACAGUGUUGUAAUGCUGCAGGUUGUGGUUCAGGAACUGCUGGCUCAGUACACCAAGCAGUAUGGAGAAAGACCCAUCUCCAGCCUGCUCCAAAACUGGACAGAAUCGGGUGACAAGCUGAGAACCAGGUACGUGACCGUUCAGGCUGCCAACAUUGUUGACCCGGUGUCUUAUUCUUGA